AUCUGUGGACGUGCACUCUGUGUCUUUCUCGGUGUCUUCUUGUGCUCUGUGAGGACAAUGAGUGGAAAGCUGUGGACAGAGGAGCAGUUUAACUGCCCCGUGUGUCUGGAUCUGCCCAAUGACCCCGUCACCAUUCCCUGUGGACACAGCUACUGCAUGGCCUGCAUCAAGGACUACUGGAGCCAGGACGACCCCAACGGCGUCUACAGCUGUCCACAGUGUCGCCAGACCUUCUGCCCCAAACCCAACCUGAGCAGGAACACCAUGCUGGCCGAAGCCGUGGAGCAGCUGCGUAAAUCUGGGGGGCCUCGCCGAGCUUCCUCCGCCAAACCCAGGGGGAAGCUGAGCUCCUCGGAGGUGUCAUGUGACCUGUGCAAGGACCAGCAGAGAGCGGCGGUGAAGAGCUGCCUGACCUGCAUGAGCUCCUACUGCGAGGCCCACCUCAAGCCCCACAAGACCAAGAAGAGCCUGAAGCCGCACGAGCUCAUCGCGCCCACGGGGAACCUGGCGGAGAAGAUCUGCACGCAGCACAAGUAUCUGCAGGAGUUCUUCUGCCGCCAGUGCAAGGUGUUCGUGUGCUGGCUUUGCACCAACAACCUGCACAAAGGCCACGAGUGUGUGUCCACCAAGGUGGAGCGGCUGGAGAAGCAGAAAGUGGUGAGUGAGCUGCAGGUGAAGAACCAGCAGAGACUGAAGGACAGAGAGCAGGAGCUCAAAGACAUGAGGAAGAUGAUGGAGGGGAUGAAGCGUUCGUCAGAGCGCGUCCAUGACGACCUGGAGGAGGCGCUGUCGGAGCUGCAGCGCUCGGUGCAGCGUCUGCAGGAGCUGCUGGAGCAGGUUCUGGACCAGGCUGAGGAGGAGAAGAUGGUCCAGGCUCAGGAGGUCACUCAGAGUCUGGAGGCUGAGAUCAAGGAGCUGAAGAGGAGGGACACGGAGAUGAAGGACAUGACUCGCUGUGAAGACCACAUCCACUACCUCCAGGCGUACGAGACGAUGUCCGGUCCUCUGGAGUCAGGUGACCUCCCCGCAGUGACCGUUAAUCCAGAAGCUUCUUUUGAACCUGUACGAGAAGCUGUUCUGGAUCUGAGGGACCGGGUCGAGGAUCUGUGCAACCAGGAGCUGGGGAAGAUCUCCAAACAAGUCAAUGAAACAACUCUGUUCACUCUGGGAGACGUCAGUCGCGGCUCAGGAGCAAAAGCUGGGAUCAUUAAAUUGUUCUCUGGUCUGAGUUCUCGCAGCGCAAACAGUCGAUCGCCCACUUCUUCACCAAAUGUUUCAGCUGGAGUUCGCAGCACAGACAGACGAGGUUUAGGUCUCAGGACUCAGGAUGUGAGGAGCAGAGAAACUCCACGAGUGAGGGAGACCCAACACCCAACACCCAGUCCAACACCUAACCGCAGAGAGUCCUCACAGUCCCAGUUGAGCAGGUCUGGUCAGAGCCAGACCCAGAACCAGACCCAGAGCCACACCCAGAAUCAGAACCAGGGUCCAAGUCCAACACCCAACCGCAGAGAGUCCUCCCAGUUCUUAUCCACUAGAUCCACUCAGAGCCAGAGCCAGAACCAGAACCAGGGACGCAGUCCCACUCCCAGCCGCAGAGAGUCCUCCAUGUCCCUGUGGAGCAGGUCCAGUCAGAACCAGCUGAGUCCUGGUGCAGCUCAGACCUCCUCCACACCUGCAGCUCCUGCAUCAUCAGGAGGUUUCAGUCGCAUGGCGUCCAUCAGCAGCCUCUUCCGCUCCAAUCGACGAGGAACCAACCAGGCCACUCCCAUCAGCAACCCUUCAUCAUCAUCAGGAGCAGGAAACCCAUGGUUGGACACUCUGUCAGAGACGCCUACAGAAGUGAACCCCGCUCUGUUCUUGGACUCUCCCAGUCCUGACGUCAUGAAUCACGCUCCUGCGUUUCCAAUCUUGAGAGAAAUCAGCAUCGACAGCAUCCAGGCCCCGGAGCCCAGGGCCAGAGACGAGUUCCUGCAGUACUCUGUGAUGUUGACCCUUGACCCUAACACCGCUCACCGCCGCCUGGCUCUCUCUGAGGGGAACACCAAAGCCGCCCUGCAGGGGGCAGCACAGCCGUGCGCCGACACGCCGCAGCGCUUCGACGGCUGGACUCAGGUCAUGUGCCAGAGUCCGCUCAGCGCCCAGCGCUGCUACUGGGAGGUGGAGUGGCGGGGGCGGGGCUCGUCCGUGGGCGUGGCUUACGGCGCCCUGAGCAGGAAGGGCAACGACGCGCGGUCCGGACUCGGCUACAACGCGCGGUCCUGGACCCUGGAGCUGUCGGACACGUGCUGCACGGCCAUGCACGACAACGAGAAGCGGGACAUCCCCGUCACGUACUCGCCGCGCGUGGGCGUCUACCUGGACCUGUCCGUGGGCACGCUGGCGUUCUACAGCGUGGCGGAGAACAUGACGCUCCUCCACAGCUUCCGCGCUAACUUCACGCAGCCGCUCUACGCCGCCUUCGGCGUGGGCAGCGGCGUCGGCGUGGGCCUGGACUUCGCCCUCGGUCAGUUCACGUCCUGCACCGACAGCGUCAAGAUCUGCCCCAUGUGACACCGCGGCCUCUGUGGGAUCUACUGACCUCUAGUGGUGCAGCUGCAUGUUGCACCCCCUUCAAUACUUGAAAGUCACUCUGUGAGAGCCGGUGUUUGAUUUGUCCUCUCUGGGCUUCUGUACAAACAUCGAUUUCAAGGAUUGUAUUAAAUUUCCGUUUUAGUUGCAGCUGAUUAUUCCCAUGUUUUAAAAGCACUUGGUGAAACAUUACCUAAAUAAAUGAAAUAUUAGAGCCUUUAAAAAGCUAAAACUGCCAUAAAAACACUCCAACAUUAACUACAUAUUUUCCACCCUUACUAAUUUAACUUUUUAGCCAGUGAGAGUUCUGGUCAUGAAAACAAACUAUUCAUUUAUUUGAAGUAUUUAAACCCUUUAAAGGGUUACAGGGUUAGGGGACUGUUUUUGUGCAGCAGCAGCAGCAGCAGAGUGAGUAUAAAAUCAUGUCUGAAUGUAGUGGAGAAAUCACUGAAUCACUGCAGCAGCAGCAGCAGAUGAGACGUCAAUCACAGAGAAAAACAUGGCAGAGGUGAAUCCUUACACAAAACGAAACCCUGAUCUUUGACGUGAAAGCACGAGGUUUAGUUUUGCAGAGUUUUAUUUAUAAAAACAGAAGGAGCCACGUGUUUGAGUUUCAGAGCGGACUGUGACAUGAGCGAGGAGAACAAACACACGACAUGAACCUGAACCUCUGUCUCUCACUGUUCAACAUCUUCUCACGUCAAAAAUAAAACUGGACUUGCUUUUCCUUUCUGUGGGCGUCGCCUUAUAAAAGCUAAAUAAUAAUAAAAUAAAGGAGCAAUGCUACAUAUAUUAUAAUGUCAUGGUGAAAUGUUAGCUUACAUGCAGCCGUUAUGCCGAUCAUGUUAGAAUCUAUAAAACGUCACUUAGUGAUUUUCAAAAUAAAGGUGAAAUAAAGUCAAAGUGCAAAAACUGA